GGUCACUGUGAGCUUCACUUUGCAAAAGAGCACCCAAGAAGCCUUCGCUGUGAUCCGCAACCCUCAGCUGCUAGAUCAGACCACACCGUUCUGGUUCCGCUUGAUCAUUCGCACGGAGUCUGUGGAGGCCAUCAACGACUUCCUGGCAAAGUCGGAUCCGUUAGUUGCAGAAACUGAGCAAAUUGACAAAACAGGAGUUUGCUUUCGAACGUGUGAACGCAACGGCUACUGGUACUUGGUGUGGGGUGUUGCAAAGUUUGUAGUGGGUUUGGCCAACCGGGUAAGAAUAGCACAUGAGGUGGGCAGAAGGGUAGCGCAUUGUAUGCCGGAGUCGGGCCCAAAAAAGAACACACAUUGAGGUUACUUAGUUAAUGGACAAACGAUUUCCCAUGUGAUGAGAGCAAGUUACACACACGCUGAGGAGAACUUGCCAACGUUCCCUCUCAAGCUGCCCCUGUACUUUGACUACUGGAUGCUAGCAUUCAUCGUGCCCUUCCCUUGGAGAAGCAAAGUCACCCAAUGCGAGAAACUUCACGACUCUGGCAAGAGCAGCUCAAGCACGCCAAGUUUUCAGCUCACCUAUGAGCAGGCCAUUGGGCCUUUCUUGGGUGGCUUUAUUCACACACACACUGUUAUCGCACGUGACGGCGGAAGCCAAAUUGAUGAUUCAAUCGAAUUUGAUGUGACUUCGGAACCGGUCGUCAACAACAUCACCUGGUAUGUGCUCAACUACCUUUUGCGGGGCCGAUGUGAGAAUCUGAAUCUGUCCUAUGGCGGCAGCAUUGUUACAUGAUGCUCGUGGCUGGCGGCAUGGUGUUAGGGCUUGCCUACGGCCACACCAAAGGAGACCAGAGGAGGAUGCUUUCAGAGGGCUCAAAUUGAACAAGGGCCCUCCGCAGUUCCCUACACAAGCUGGAUUGCUGAAAUCAGAGCUGGCACACGUGUGCUUGCGUUACUAGCGCGUACUCAUUCAAGAUCAUUCAAGUGAAACUGCAGGCUGUACCAAGCUAUUGGCAAGGUCCCAAUGGCUGCGUGGGUCCCUUUGGUUCGUAUCUCGUCGGUGCCCGACGUUCUGCCUUCCCGGCUGAGCCGGCUGCAUAGGUAGGAUGCAUCACACAUAUCUUGAAAGAGGCGCAGCAGGGCUUUGCUUAAAGGACAAGAAGCAGGAGCCACUGCAGGGUUAAGCCACCUCUUGCUGGGUCAUUUGUUGGAUAUCUACAGUAACCUUAGAGAAAGCCUGAUGGAUGGC